AUGGUCACCCAACUACCCUAUGCCCUCGACGCAGAAACGCCACUAAGCCCCUCAGAGCUCCAAGUCCUGAGGGCCCAAUACGAAAAAGAAGGCGACAUGGUCGGCGUCCAAACAAAAUUCAACUACGCAUGGGGCCUCGUCAAAUCAAAUAACCGCAACGACCAACAACUCGGCGUCCGCCUGCUCAGCGACAUAUUCCGAGUGUCUCCCGAACGCCGCCGCGAAUGCCUCUACUAUCUCGCCCUGGGGAACUACAAGCUCGGCAACUACGGCGAGGCUCGCCGCUACAACGACCUCUUGCUGGACAAGGAGCCUGCCAAUCUGCAGGCUUCUGAUCUGCGGCAGUUGAUUGAUAAUAAGGUUGCUAAGGAGGGGCUCAUGGGCGUGGCUAUUCUGAGUGGUGUUAGUAUUGCUGCUGGUGUUGUUGGUGCCUUUUUGCUCAAGAAUGCAAGGAAAAGGUAG